GAGAUCAAUACUGCAUUGACCAAUCAUAGCAUUUUACUUCCGCCUAUGGCCUGUUUAUGAGCGAAUUUGCGACACACUGCACGAAAAUAUGGCCACUAGAAAUAGUCUGUUGAUGGCCGCCAUCGAUUUCGGAACGACCUACUCCGGAAUUGCAUUCUCAUUCAAACAUGAGUUCGAUACUGAUCCAAACAAAAUGUCUACUAUGAAAUGGUCUGGAAGCAAGCUUAUGUCUCUGAAAGGCCCGACGUGCGUGUUAAUAAAACCGGAUGGCAAAACCUUUGACAAGUUUGGAUUUGAGGCGGAAACGAAAUACAGCGAACUCAGCGAGAAUGGAGACCACAAAAAGUGGUUCUACUUUCAAAGAUUCAAAAUGAUGCUUUGGGGCAAGCCAAUCCAUAAAGACACAAUGCUGGAUGACGAAUGCGGAAAAAGCCUCCCAGCUCGAACAGUGUUCUCCUUGUCAAUUAGAUUCAUGAUGGAUAGCCUGACAAAUAUGUCUCAGCAACAGGUCAGUGGACUCGAUGCAAGUGACAUACAUUGGGUACUUACCGUUCCGGCGAUAUGGGACGAUUCAGCAAAGCAGUUUAUGAGACUUGCUGCUCAUGAGGCUGGGAUUUCGCCGGAGAAGUUGACUAUUGCUUUGGAACCGGAGGCGGCGUCCAUAUAUUGCAGACACCUUCCAGUUGAAAAAGAUGGAGGCAGUGAUAUUUCAUCAUUCCGAUCAGGAACAAAGUAUUUGGUUCUAGAUGCUGGAGGUGGCACCAUCGACAUCACAGUCCACGAGGUGGUUUUUGGAGGCGAACUGAAGGAAUUGUACAAAGCUACAGGUGGAGCCUGGGGUGGAACGGUCGUAGAUAAAGCCUUCUUGGACUUUAUGGGCGAACUGAUCGGAAAAGAUAUACUAGACAAAUUCAAGACGGCGCAUAUGGAAGACUAUAUAGAAUUACUGCGAGAUUUCGAAGUUAAGAAAAGAGAAACUGAUUUAAAAUCUGAAGGGAAAGUGACUAUGAGGAUUCCUGUAGCCAUUUCGGAUCUUCUAAAAGCAAAAGGGCAGGAAUUAAAACACAUAAUACAGAACUAUCCACACGCGAAUAAGAUAUCGCUGGUUGGCGAAAAACUUCGGCUGGACUACGACAUUUUCCGAUCCUUCUUUAAGGAGUCAGUGGACAAUAUUUUGCAACACCUUUCUUCGUUGUUUCUGAAGCGUGAGACGUCAGGCGUGAAUACAAUCCUGAUGGUGGGAGGAUACUCCGAGUCUCCAUUGCUUCGGGAAGCCGUUCAGAACAAGUUUCCCUCCAUGAAAAUCAUCGUCCCACAAGAUGCUGGUCUUGCUGUGCUGAAGGGAGCAGUCAUCUUCGGACACUGUCCGACCUCCAUUAAAGAACGCGUGUCCAAAUACACGUAUGGUUUCCAAACUACAUACCCUUUUGACGAAGCAAAACAUCCAUUAGAAAAGCGAAAGUUGUAUGAUAGCGGAAUCGGAUGUAUUGAUAUAUUUCAUGUCAUGGUUAGGUCAGGUCAAACACUAACUGUUGGUGAAAAUCAAUAUGUUUCUGAGGUAAGUAAUUCCAACGCUGAUCAAACGGUUGCACCUUUGCCUCUGUUUUGUACAACGCAGCAUGAUGUGACAUUUGUCACAGAGGACGGAUACAAAAAACGCGAAAUCCGAGGUUUCAAGAGAGCGAAACCACGCUGCCGCUACGGGGGAGGACCGUCACUGCCAGAGAUGUCACAAACCUCGCAGGCGGUGGCGAGUCUUUUCGCAACCUCGGCCUCUUUUCACGGCAUCGUGGACGACGCAGAUACCGUCAUCGCGGUUACUCCUCCAUCGCCGAGUUUCCUGGGGCUGCCCAUGAUUGAUAUUAUUACCGCCAUGGACAUCCCAGAUCCCUUCGGUGUGGCGGAAACCGUUGAAGACACAAAUCUGUUACAUCAGCCUCAACAGAAAUGUCCAGUGACAGAAGCAGAAAGAGCAAUGAACGGAUGGUUGCCAGAACGUCUAAGAAAUGACCUCAUAUGGAAUCGAACCGUCAAUCUGCCAGGUGGGAUCGGUAACAAGCUGGAGGCGGACCUUGUCAACGAAUUCCUAAAUCGAGAGUUUAAAGAGAGCAUUAGCUCGGUUGGAGCCAGAACGACUGCGGACACCCUGGAAAGGCACGGAAAGAUUGCCGGUGGCUUCUCCAGAAAAGUUCAGGAGACUUACACCAACCUUUUCGAGAAUGGCGUCAAACAGUUCUCCGGGGAAAAAGAAUUCCGCCGGGAAGAGGACUUAAAAGCCAUCGUCACUUUUUUUACAAGCAGAGAAUCUAUGCAGAGUCGUCGGAACGAGGUCCCAUAA